AGCUGCUUCACACUCCGACCGGAUGUUGGAGGGUAGCCGGAAAGUUUUACAGAGGGUCGUAGACAUGAAGCCGGCGGUGGACGAGAUGUUCCCUGAGGGCGCGGGGCCUUACGUGGACCUCGACGAGGCUGGUGGAAGUACAGGUUUGUUGAUGGAUUUAGCUGCCAAUGAAAAGGCAGUACAUGCAGACUUCUUUAAUAAUUUUGAAGAUAUGUUUGAUGAUGACGAUAUCCAGUGAAAUUCAACUUCCUGCUGUGCUAAAUACCUAAGUUUCUUGUAGAAGCAGACUAUAUUCCUAACAAAAGAUAGGAAAAUGUGAAUAUUGUCUCCAAGCCAUGAAAGAGCACUUCGAAAUGGCCAAAGGUGGUUGAAGAGAAUUGUGGAGUUAUUUUCCUCUUAUAAUGUUUGGAUGUGCAGUUGUGCAGGCUUGCUUCAAUAAAAUCUGAACAAAACC